AUGUUAAAAGCUUCAAAAUAUCCUGCAUUAAGUUUCAUGACACCAGCAAUUGAAAAUAUUAAGCAAUAUCUUAGUAGUUAUCAACCUAAAAAUGAAGUUCUUCAAAAACUUUUAAUAGAACAAAGGAAUAUAAACAUUUGGUUGAACUUAGAUUCCUCAAAAGCAUUUGGUUCCUCAAAAGCAUUUGGUGGAACAAAGGAACAUAGGUUACUUAAAAACAUUUGGUUGAACUUAGGUUCCUCGAAAGCAUUUAAUGGAACAAAGGAACAUAAGUUCCUUGAAAACAUUUGGUUGAACUUAUGUUCCUUGAAAGCAUUUGGUGAAACAUAG